AUGGAGAGAAUGGGAGUGAUAGCAAGGCAGACAGAGCCAACGGAGUGGGUCAAUAGUAUGGUCACUGUAGUCACGCCAAAGAAAAUACGUAUCUGCAUGGACCCCAAAGAUUUAAAUCAAGCUAUUAAACGUGAGCACUACCCAUUACUCACCGUAGAAGAAGUUGUAUCUCGCAUGCCAAAUGCCAAGUAUUUCUCAGUGCUGGACGCAAAUCAAGGAUUUUGGCAGAUUGAACUUGAUGAGGAAAGUUCAAAGUUAUGUACUUUCAACUCCCCCAUUGGACGAUACCGAUUUCUGCGUCUGCCAUUUGGUAUCUCAUCGGCGCUGGAAGUGUUUCAGAGAGCCAUUGCACAAAUGAUUGAAGAUUUGGAUGGUGUUGUCAACAUUAUCGAUGACUUACUGGUGUGGGGAGACUCUAAACAAGAGCAUGAUCAAAGACUGAAAAAACUGUUGGACAGGGCAAGAGAAUAUAAUCUGAAACUCAACAAAAACAAGUGUUUCAUUAGGACAAAUGAGAUCAAGUACAUUGGACAUACACUCACUGACCAUGGUUUAAAACCAGAUGAAGAAAAGGUGAGAGCGGUGACACAGCUACCUCCUCCACAGGACAAACAAGAGCUGUUAAGAUUCUUGGGUAUGAUUCAGUAUCUUGCCAAGUUCAUACCAAACUUGGCAGAUAUCAGUGCACCCCUGAGAAAGCUGCUUGAAGGAAAUGUGGAGUGGCACUGGGAGAAACAACAACGAGAAAGUUUUGAACAACUAAAACAGCUUGUCACCAACGCUCCUACACUCAAAUACUACGACGUCAAUAAACCUGUCACUCUUUCGGUAGAUGCGAGUUCUGAAGGAAUAGGAGCAGUCUUACUUCAGGAUGGACAACCUGUGGCAUACGGAUCAAGAGCGCUCACUGACUGUCAGCGAAGGUAUGCUCAGAUUGAAAAGGAGCUACUUGCUAUUGUUUAUGGCUGUGAAAAGUUCCAUCAGUUUGUUUAUGGGAAAGAUAUUCAAGUGGAAAGUGACCACAAGCCGCUGGAGAGCAUUUUCAAAAAGUCGCUUCACCAGGCUCCUAUGAGGCUACAAAGAAUGCUUCUGAGGCUUCAGAGGUACAGCUUAAAGUAUGCCAGUGAUGAAUUCAAAGUAUUUGCAAAAAGCUGGGAGUUCAGACACGUCACGUCCAGUCCCACACAUGCUCAGUCCAAUGGACAGGCUGAAAGAACUGUACAGACUAUAAAAAGUCUACUGAAGAAAACCGAGUGCUGCAAAGGUGACCCCUACAUUUCACUUUUGGAGUACCGGAAUACACCUUUGGAGAAUUGGAUUUGUGUUCCGUUCGUUCUGACCAACCCUCACACUGUCAGCAUCAGUCAGACUCUACUCAACAACUCACUCCAUGCUCCCUGGAUUGGAGAGGUUGGCCUGGAGCAAAUAUGGGUCAAAAUCGAUGACUUCCUUAUGACGUGCUUGGGCAGUCUGGGGUACCAGUGCUUCCACCAGAGGACAUUAGCGGUGUCUUCCACGCACACGGCUAAAAUCACGUGCGUUGUUGCAGCCUGUAUUAUUUUGCUGUUUGGGAUCCCUCCUGUGCUCAUCGGGGCUGCGGCGGCCUCUACAGACUGGAACCAGACGUCUUAUGGGCUGCCCUCUCCAUUCGCCCGAGGGGAGGUGGCUCAGAUCCUGCCUCUGACCCUGCAAUACCUCACCCCAGCGUACGUGUCCGUGUUGGGUAUCGGCUGUGUGGCCGCUGCGGUUAUGUCCUCCGCAGACUCUGUCCUGCUGUCUGCCGCCUCCGUCUUCACCGCAAACAUCUACAAGAACAUACUACGACCACAGGACGGUUUGGAGGCCGCAGACUUUGGGGAUGAUUUCACCCACAGCACUGCAGUGAAGCCUACUGACCAGCUAGAGCUCUCUGAGGCUGAGCUGAAGGAGGAGUUCACCAGGACUCUCACAGCCAACAACCCUCAUGCCCCAGACAACAUCGUACGUUACAGCUACAAGGAGCGCACGUUCAAACAUAUCACAAUGAGCCAGCUCGCAGUUCAUUUUGUUCUGGAGCCGAGUCUGCUGCACCAGGACUCAGAGGAGGCGCAGAGGCUCAGAGCCAAGGAGACGCUCAUCGCAUCUGUGGAGGUGGAACAUGAGGCAGAGAAACCAGAGACUCCGGCCACUCCGGUGGAGGAAGGGGAGGAGCCUGCAGACGAGGACAGACCAGACAGCGCCGCCUCAAAACUAGACAAAAAAGAACCUCACAAGAAGCUCACAAACCAGUUUAACUUCAGCGAGAAAGCCACACAGACACUCAACAACUCUACACAGCGGGAGAUUUAUGAUGCAUAUGUAAAGGAGCUGGACAAACAAGAGAGAAACAAGGACAAACAGGAGAGCAAAAGAGAGGAGACCGAGAAGAGACUGACAGCAGACACACAGGGUGAUUAUCUGAACAAACUUUCCAAAGCUGCAAAGAUCAUGGAGCGGAUGGUGUACCAUAACGUAUUUGACUCAAUUCUACAUGAUUUUAAAUACUUUGAGGAUCCUGCGGACGAGGGGCGACAGGAGGGAACGCUGCUUCCUCUAUGGAACUUUCAGUUCGACAAGGCCAAGGAGCUGUCCGUCACUGCCCUCUGCUGGAAUAAGAAGUACCCCGAUCUUUUCGCCGUUGGAAUGGGCUCAUACAAGUUUAACAAUCAGUCUGGUGGGCUGCUCUUGUUCUACUCUCUGAAAAACCCAUCGUACCCGGAGUAUAUCUACUUCACAUGGUCUGGUGUCCUGUGUGUGGACGUGCAUGAGCAGCGCACCCACCUGGCAGCAGCGGGCUUCUACGAUGGCUCUGUGGCCGUAUUUAACCUUCACGUGAAAGGCCAGGCCCCCCUGUACAAGAGCACGUUCAGGAGCGGCAAGCACACCGACCCCGUGUGGCAGGUUCAGUGGCAGAACGACGACAUGGACGACAACCACAACUUCUUUUCUGUGUCGUCUGAUGGCCGUGUGGUCUGCUGGACUCUGGUCAAGCAUGAGCUGGUGCACAGUGACAUCAUCUACCUGACCGUCAGCCUGUCCGAGAAGGAGACCAUCAACGGUGCAUCUGACCCAGCUCUGAUUGUGUUUUCAGCCUGUCUCACCUCUUUUGACGUCCACAAACAAAUCGACGACCUCUUCCUUGUGGGCAGCGAAACAGGAAAGAUCUACAAGUGUUCUAAGAGUUGCUCAUGUCAGUACUUGGACGUAUAUGACGCUCAUGUGAUGGCUGUAGAUUCAGUGAAGUGGAACGAGUUUCAUCCCAAAGUUUUCAUGUCCUGCAGCUCAGACUGGACUGUGAAGAUCUGGGACCACACUGUCAGUGCUCCCAUGUUCACCUUUGACCUUCGCUCUGCUGUGGGAGACGUAUCCUGGGCCCCGUACUCCUCCACUGUGUUUGCAGCUGUCACUACAGAUGGGAUAAUCCACGUCUUUGACCUGAAUGUGAACAAAUACCAGGCUCUGUGUCAACAACAAGUCACCAUCAAGAAGCACCUGACACACGUGACCUUUAACCCCCUGCACCCCAUCCUCAUCGUGGGGGAUAACAGAGGACAUGUGAGCAGCUUUAAACUGUCUCCUAACCUCAGGAAACAGCCAAAGACGAAGAAGCACCAGGAGCAGUCUAAAGGUCCAGAGGUCGAAGUUGCCAAGAUGGAGAGGCUGCUGUCUCCGCUCAGGGACUCAGAACUUAACUCUGUGCACUAA